GAAUUUCCGAUGAGGAUUAUCGUCAGCUGUUGCAUGACAUAUCAGAAUGGUAUGAUGGAAUUGGAUCCAUCAGUAUGCUGAAAGUAUUGUACAGAGAUCAUGUGACUGAUGUUAAUACACUAGAUAAAGCCAAUAAGAUGCGUGACUUGCUGGACAACUUGCAUGCUUCUGGGAAUCUGAGUCAAACAGAUCUUAGUAUUCUGUAUGAUACCAUAAAUAUAACUAAACAAUUUGGAUUCAAACCAAAGAAUGAGGAUCUGCUUCCACUUUUCCAGAAUGUUAAGAAUUUAACAGUAUCAAAAUUCACAUCGUACAGGCAAAACCUGGUAAAACUAGGAAUGACAUUGAAUGAAGAGGAUGUAGCAACACUGAAUGGUUCAUUUAACACACUUCAAAAGAAAUAUGAAGACAGAUGGCAUUUGAUUAGGGAUCUAGAGCACAGAAGAGAAAUUUGUGAAGAAAAUAUGAAAGCAUUUAUUGAAAGGUUGGAGAAACUCCAGCUCUUUUCAGCUGUAAAAGCUCUUUUAGAAGAUGAUGAACUCAAACCGACAGUAUCUACAAGACAAGAGUUGAUGUUGGAAGGUGACCAAGAUACCGUUAUCAAAAAUUAUCUACUCGAAAGACAAAAGAAUUUGUGCUGCCGUGUCAACCGGUUCACACCAGCUACUUUACGUACAUUAUACCAAGUAGAUAUUGCCAAUAUGUUUACUGAUCUGGAACUACUGAAAAAAAAUAAGAAAGAAGGCGAGCCAGUAACAUUACAGGAGCUUUUAGAUGUUAUCAAAUCCACACCAUCAUGUAGAACUCUUAUAGAAGGUGAAGGUGGUAUUGGCAAAUCAACUCUUCUCAGGUACUUAGCAUACAAUUGGGCAAAUGAUUCAGAUAAAACAUUUGAAGGUAAAAUUGUGUUUCUGAUAAAUGUCAGAGAUAUUGGCAAAGGUGAGGAUAUUUUUAAUGUAAUUUUGAAACAAAGUAAUCUAAAUGAUUUUGAAAUGAAAACUUAUCUUCCGAAGGAUCCAAUGUUAAUAAAAAGAUUCAUAUUAAGACAUGAUGAUGAGAUUGUAUUGUUGUUAGAUGGAUUGGACGAAUUAGAAGAUGGAAAUGUAUGUCCAAUAAGCCUUUUUAAAAAAGAGGAAUUGAAAGACAGCAAUGUGAUACUUACAUCUCGAUCAGAAAACAUAAAUGAAUUUAUUAAAGUGAGCAGUGUUCAUGUGAAAGUAAAGGGGUUCAAUGCUAAGAACAUAAGAAAAUAUAUUAAGAAACACUUUGAUUACCUUGAAGAACCUGUGCUAGGAGAUUCUCUUGCCAAAGAGUUGGACCUAACUAAGGAAAUCUUUUUUUUAAAACAUCUUGAAGUAAAUUUAAUGUGUAAGAAUCCAAUGUUACUACUCUCAGUAUGUACUAUGUGGGAAGACAAGCACAGUCUUCCAACUAAUAAAGCUGAUCUUUUUAAAGAGGUUUUUCGCAGCAUUUUGAAUCAGUUCAACAGACAAGAAGGCAAUGCCCCAAAAAUCACUAAAUUCAGUGAUACUCCCAUUGAGUAUGUACAUGCAAUGCUUAUGUUAGGAAAGUGCAUGUAUAAAAGUUUAAAGGGAAACCAACUCUCGAUAAACAGUAAAGAUUUAGAAGGGAAAAAAGAAAUGGUUCAACUGGCUUUAAAACUAGGAUUUGUCUACCUAGAUGAACCACAUUCAAAAACUGAUUUUGAACAAUGUUUUACAGCUCCUCACAAGUUGAUAGUAGAGUCAUUGGUAGGAUUUUACAUUUCAAAACUAUGUCAGACAGCAGGUUUAAAGAAUAAGUGUGCAGAGGACCUAAAACAUUUACUUGCUCCAUUGGAUGAGGAUGAAUGGGAGAUUAUAAGAGAAAGUGAAUAUUUACAAAUGGCAAGAACAUUUACAAUAGAAUUCCUUGGUGCUGAUGUGGGAAAAUUUUUUAUUCACUGGUUGACAAAAGAUCUCUCAACAUAUCGCUCACUAAUGAAGAAUUAUUUAGGAUCGGUGAAAGCAGAGCACCAGGUUUCUGUUGAAGAAUCACUAAUUGAUCACAUGACCAAGACACAAUUAAAAAUAAAACCACAUGUCAAUGGCAUAUGUAAAUCACUUAUGAGAUAUAUUCAUCAUAUUAAUCCGUCUUUAGAGGUAUUCGAAGAUGAGCAUUUUAUUAAACUUACGAGAAUAAUUUAUGACAUAAAGCUAAGGCCAUCAGUUACACCACCUCGUUUUAAAAGUUUAUGUAACAAAAUGUCACCUGAAGAAAAAGGCAAAAUGCUCGCUCACAUACUGUUUGCUAUACAAGAUGAAACUUAUAUGUUAGAAAAUAUUAUCCCUGAAUUGUGUGCUGAUGACGAUAUUAAAUACCUAACAGCUGAAUAUAAGAAUCUUGAUUUGCAUUAUGAUAUUAGUAGUUAUAAAGCAUUUCAUAAAAGUUCAAUUACUGCUAUAUUUUUAAAUUAUCUUUUGACCAAUUCACCAAAACUAAUAGAGUUGAGCUUAAACCUUUGUAUUACAGGUGAUAUUAUGAAUGAUAUGAUCAAAGAGCUUUCAGGUAGAGAGAUCAAAUUAGCAUUACGGACUCUUUCUAUCAAUGAUAAUAAUCUCAGUUCAAUUAAUGGUGCUUCACUGGUUUCUUUAAUGUCAGUUACUCCACAACUGUUUAUUCUUGAAUUGAGCAACUGUAGUUUAACAGGAGAUAUUAUGAAUGAUAUGAUCAGAGAGCUUUCAAGUAGAGGGAUCAAGUUAGGAUUAAAGUCUCUUAAUAUCGAUGGUAAUAAUCUCAGUACAAUUAAUGGUGCUUCACUGGCUUCUUUAAUUACACCAAUACUACAUAUGCUUCACUUGAGUAACUGUAAUUUAACAGGUGAUAUUAUGAAUGAUAUGAUCAGAGAGCUUUCAAGUAGAGGGAUCAAGUUAGGAUUACAGUCUCUUUAUAUCGAUGGUAAUAAUCUCAGUACAAUUAAUGGUGCUUCACUGGCUUCUUUAAUGUCAGUUACUCCACUACUGAAUAACAUUAAUUUGAGCAAUUGUAGUUUAACAGGAGAUAUUAUGAAUGAUAUGAUCAGAAAGCUUUCAGGUAGAGGGAUCAAGUUAGCAUUACAGACUCUUUCUAUCGAUGGUAAUAAUCUCAGUACAAUUAAUGGUGCUUCACUGGCUUCAUUAAUUACUCCAAAAAUGAUUCAACUUACAUUGAGUAACUGUAGUUUAACAGACUAUAUUGUAAAUGAUAUGAUGAGAGAGCUUUCAAGUGAAGGUAUUAUGUUAGAAUUAAAGUAUAUGUGUUUAAGUGGUAAAGUCUCAAAAUGA